CAGCCCCCUGGACCCUGCCACUUGGACGUCCAUCUGCACUGGGGGUGUACAAGUUGAGAGAAGACCAGAUGCUGCUCCGGAAUAUCUUGAAGCCCUGGAACAGAUCGCCCUUUCGGCCACCUUCACAGACUCUCUCAGCCGGCUCUAAAAUCAUCCACUCUAAAAUCAUCCACGGCUCGAUCCGAAUGUCUUCAAGUCUAAAAUUCUCCAGCUUUGAUGUCACAAACCAAGUCUUCUUCCAGACUAGUCACUCGUUUGCGAUCGUCAACCUCAAACCGAUUGCUCCGGGUCAUGUGCUGGUGAUCCCUAAACGAACGGAAGCUAAGCGGCUUGCAGAUCUCAGUCGAGAUGAGGUGGCCGACCUCUUCACUUCGGUUCAACGAGUGGGCUCGGUGAUGGAAUCAGUUCACAAAGCCAGCAGUCUGACUGUGGCCAUCCAAGAUGGCCCUUGUGCAGGCCAAUCUGUUCCACAUCUUCACGUUCAUGUGAUUCCCAGACGUCCGAACGAUUUCGUUCCGAAUGAUAAAAUUUACGAUCAUCUGAAUCGGUUCGACGGAUCCUGCGAGAAAGAAUCUGACAAACAUCAAGUGGGCCAAUUGAUAAUUGAUAAUGAAGAACGCGCCGCGCGUACACUGGAGGACAUGCAAGAGGAGGCCAAGUCCUUGAGUCAACACUUCCAAGAUUAGAUUUCAUUGUACCACACAAAAUUCUUCUCAAACAUCUUUCGUCAAGUUGUCUGAGUUUUACCGUAUAUGUAUACUGCCUCUAAGUCACCAAUCAGACAUCGGCCGAUGCCCAAAUUAUCUUCAUAAGCCUCACUCUGAAUUGAACUGGGCUGCCACUCUAAAAAUUAAAAACCUGAUGGAUCAUGGACAGUCACACACACACACACCUGAACUAAUGCAUGUGCAUACACAUCCUAGCCUUCACACCUCUACCAUCAAAUAACUUGUCUAAGUCGCAAUCUGUGACUGAGCUUGAAGCAUGGCUAUAAUUGAUGCUUAUGCCAACUGACAGGC